AGGAAGAAAAAACCAACGGGAAAAAGGAAAAUGGAACCAUCUCAUUCUCAAAACGAAACCCCUCCCCUCUCUUCAAAGGAAUCCCGCAUGAACCGCUUCAAGCCCAUUUGGCGUUUCUUCUUGAUUUCCAACCUCGCUCUUGGAGCAUACAUAUUUGCAAACCCGAAAAAGAAGAAUACAAGCAUUGCCAAUAACAAACCUGCUAAAGAAGAGGAAGACAGCAAGAGUGAUGCUGAAGCAGCUGUUUCUUCCGAUGCAGUGACGGAUGCCUUAGUUCACGAGGAGCCGCCAAUACUUCCGGUUGUUCCGAAACCCGCUUUGGAUCCGAUUCCCGAAGACCGGCAGCGUGAACUUUUCAAGUGGAUAUUGGAAGAGAAAAGAAAAGCCAAGCCUAAUGACCCUGGAGGAAAGAAAAGAAUCGAUAAAGAGAAGGCUGUUCUCAAGCAGUUUCUUCGUGCAGAAUCUCUUCCCAGAAUUUGAUUUACAUGUCUCGUCGUACUCGACAAAAUUCUUGCUUUAGAGAAGGACUAGUUUCUAUCAAGGAUGGUUUAAAAAAAAACAUGCCAAAGAUGGGGUUCUGGUUUUUGGUACCCAUCUCUUGUGAGAUUGAAUGUUUAGAACUUGUGUUACAUUUUAACA